AUGAUCAUUUUGUGCUUUUUCUCUCUUUUUUUUGCAGUUUUGUGUGCGAAGAAUCUGGUGAAGAAGGAUUUUUUCAGGCUCCCGGAUCCUUUUGCCAAGGUGGUAGUGGACGGGUCGGGGCAAUGCCACUCUACGGACACAGUGAAGAACACCCUGGACCCGAAGUGGAACCAGCACUACGACCUGUAUAUCGGAAAGUCGGACUCCAUCACCAUCAGCGUGUGGAACCAUAAAAAGAUCCACAAGAAGCAGGGCGCCGGGUUCCUGGGCUGCGUGCGGCUCCUCUCCAACGCCAUCAACCGCCUCAAAGACACCGGCUAUCAACGGCUGGAUUUAUGCAAGCUCGGCCCUAAUGACAAUGACACCGUUCGGGGGCAGAUAGUAGUCAGCCUCCAGUCCCGGGACCGCAUCGGCACUGGCGGCCAGGUGGUGGACUGCAGCCGCCUCUUCGACAAUGAUUUGCCUGAUGGCUGGGAGGAAAGACGGACCGCCUCGGGGCGCAUCCAGUACUUAAACCACAUCACCAGGACCACCCAAUGGGAGCGGCCAACCCGGCCGGCAUCGGAGUACUCCAGUCCUGGGAGGCCUCUGAGCUGUUUUGUAGAUGAAAACACGCCAAUCACAGGGACCAAUGGGGCCACCAGCGGCCAGAGCUCGGACCCCCGCAUCGUGGAAAGGAGAGUGCGGUCACAGCGACACAGGAAUUACAUGAGCAGAACGCAUUUACACACCCCGCCAGACCUGCCCGAGGGAUAUGUGCACUGGUAUCAGGAGCGCCAGGGAGAGGAAGUGCACUGGUAUCAGGAGCGCCAGGGACAGGAAGUGCACUGGUAUCAGGAGCUCCAGGGACAGGAAGUGCACUGGUAUCAGGAGCUCCAGGGACAGGAAGUGCACUGGUAUCAGGAGCUCCAGGGACAGGAAGUGCACUGGUAUCAGGAGCGCCAGGGACAGGAAGUGCACUGGGAUCUCAGCAACGUGAACUGUGAGGAGCUGGGCCCGCUCCCGCCGGGCUGGGAGAUCCGGAACACAGCCACAGGCCGCGUCUACUUCGUAGAUCACAACAAUCGCACCACGCAGUUCACCGACCCCCGGCUGUCCGCCAACCUUCACCUCGUAUUAAACCGCCAGAACCAGCUGAAAGACCAACAACAGCAGCAACAGCAGCAACCUCCUCCGCCGCCGCCACCGCCGGUGGUGUCCUUGUGUCAGCUCGCCGAUGACGUGGACUGUCUGACCGUCCCGCGUUACAAGAGAGACCUGGUGCAGAAAUUGAAGAUCCUGAGGCAGGAGCUGUCCCAGCAGCAGCCUCAAGCCGGCCAUUGCCGCAUCGAGGUGUCGCGGGAGGAGAUCUUUGAGGAGUCCUACAGACAGGUGAUGAAGAUGAGGCCGAAGGACUUGUGGAAGAGACUUAUGAUCAAAUUCCGGGGGGAAGAAGGCUUGGACUAUGGCGGGGUGGCCAGAGAGUGGCUUUACCUUUUGUCUCACGAGAUGCUGAAUCCGUACUACGGCCUCUUCCAGUAUUCCCGGGAUGACAUCUACACGCUACAGAUCAACCCAGAUUCUGCCGUCAACCCGGAACAUCUCUCCUACUUCCACUUUGUGGGGAGGAUUAUGGGAAUGGCCGUAUUCCACGGGCACUACAUUGACGGAGGCUUCACGUUACCCUUCUAUAAGCAGCUGCUUGGGAAACCCAUCACGCUGGACGACAUGGAGUCUGUGGACCCCGACCUACAUAACAGCCUGGUCUGGAUCCUAGAGAAUGACAUCACGGCGGUGUUGGAUCACACGUUCUGCGUGGAGCACAGCGCGUACGGUGAACUCAUCCAACAUGAGCUGAAGCCAAACGGCAAGAGCAUGCCGGUGACCGAAGAUACCAAAAAGGAAUACGUCAGGUUGUACGUGAACUGGCGGUUCCUGCGCGGGAUCGAGGCGCAGUUCCUGGCUCUGCAGAAAGGUUUUAAUGAAGUUAUCCCGCAACAUCUGCUGAAGGCGUUCGAUGAGAAGGAGCUGGAGCUGAUCAUUUGCGGCUUGGGGAAGAUCGAUGUGAACGAUUGGAAGGCCAACACCCGGUUAAAGCACUGCACGGCCGACAGCAACAUCGUCAAGUGGUUCUGGAAGGGGGUGGAGUCAUUCGAUGAGGAGAGGAGGGCGCGGCUGCUGCAGUUUGUCACCGGGUCGUCUCGUGUCCCUCUGCAAGGCUUCAAAGCAUUACAAGGUGCCGCCGGCCCGCGGCUCUUCACAAUUCAUCAGAUUGACGCAAAUACCAACAACCUCCCCAAGGCACAUACAUGGUGAGUCAGCCGCAUCGA